GUUCACAUGUCUUUAACAUUUGAUUAAUUUAUUAAUGAAUUAUGGUUGUUUAAUGAAGUGAUAAUAUGAACAUACGGUGUCGUUGUUCUGGCCGUAGAUUCUUCUCUGGAAUCCAUUUGCUCUCAGAAGUGAAGAAGGAUGUAAUAAGAGAACUUGGUUUUGGUGGGCUAUUGCAAUUAGGUUGUAAGGAGGUUAAUUUAGAUUUAUGUUUUUGGUUGAUAAAAAACACAAACAUUGCUUAUUCCCAACUCGAGUUAUUUGGGGGUAAGAAGGUUUUUUUGACAUGUCAUGAUGUUGGGAUGACGAUGGGCAUUCCACAUGGUGGAAGAAAGUUAAUUGUUGAGAAGACAAGUGUUAAAGCUAGUCAAAUGCCGAGUUUGCAAGAUAUAGAGUCAAUGAUGGUUGGCAUCGAUGAUAUGGAGGAAUUUAAGCGGGUCUUCUUGAUUUUUGCUUGUGCAACCUUAUUGACACCCACAUCUCGUUUGGAAGGUAGUCACUCGUUAUGGUAUACACCCUGAGAGCAGUUACUUGGGAACAUAAAUUGGGGAGAAUAUGUCUUAGAAUUUUUUAUUCAAGCUAUACAUGAACAUAGGAGGAAGGAAAGUGUUUGGAUUAAAGGGUGUUUGAUGUCUCUACAAGUAACUUUUUGUCUUAUUUAUAAGUAUAUGUCCAUGUAUUAGAUAUUCAAUAAUGGUUAUACACUAUGUUGGCCAUGAUGUUACCACUAAUUAUGUCUUAUAUAAUGCAACAGAUAUUCUACUUUUCAAUAUCUAAUUUUCCAGCCAUGUAUGUGGAACUUACCACUCCUCGCAUUGCUGCAUGGAACGAUUUUUUGGUCAAGCAACGCAUCAAGUUGGAGUUAGAAAUGCUUGGAGGAUUUGGCAAAGUUGAGUUGGUUAGCACAUCGGCGGAGCAAGAUGAAACAGAAAAAAAUAAGGCUCCUGCAGUUGAUGACCCAAUUGACCCAGAUGAGAAUGAAGACUUUGAUGUUAUUUGUGCUCGCAUGGAGGCAAUACAACGUCAAAUCACUGAUGCACAAAGUCAUCUUAAUAGUCUUAUUGCAUCAUACAACCGUGACGUGAAAGUGUUGAGGACUCGUUUCACCUCUUCACACUAUCGCACAAAUGAAGGCCAACCGUCAUAUUUUCAUGAACAUGUUAAUGAAAGUGGUGCACCAUUUCAUACAAAUAAUCCACAGCAUUCACCUGUUCAUUCUGGUGGUCAAAGAAGAUCUUUUGAAGAUGACCUUGGAUGUACAAAUGAAGGGGUGUCAGAAAGACCCAACGUAGAAUAUGGUGUGUUCUUUUCAAACGAGGAUCCCCUUCACCCUAGGCCACACAAUAUGUUGGUGUUAGUGCAAUCGUGCAUGAACACCAAUGUGGAUGUAGUACCACAAGCCUCAGAAGAAAUAUAACCACGAAGAGUAAAAAUGAAAGUACGUCGUCAUAGGCAACGAGCAGCUGCGUGCAAGUCACCUUUUGUACAAUUAUGUGUAUCAAAAUAUAAAAGGUUGACGGAGGAAGAGACACAUGUUGCCGA